UGUAGUCUAUCACUUGGAGGUCAUGCGAACCUUGUGAAUUGAUAUAUUAUGGCGUGCAUCUUUGAGGAGAGUGACACGGCCAAAGAUCAUCCCAGAAGCGAAUCUGCUUACCAUUACCCAACAAAAAAAAAUUCAAGAAAGUGAUAUGUAAAAGGAAGACAAUAAGCUUACUUUUCUUUUCUAACAAAAUAAUAUUCUUAGCAUGUUUCCUCUUGGCUUCUUCGUGGUUAUUGAAACUGGUUAUACCAAUGAUCUUGUGUUCUGGUAGGCACACCCCUUUGCAGAUAAUCCACCUUAUUGGUAACUUCAUGAGAAUAUGGUCAGUGUACUCCAUGUACCACUAUUUGACUCAAACGGGAGCUCCAGUCAUACUUUUUUAAUACUUCAAAAGCCUUGGAAGGGCAGGCCACUCUCAAAUCAACAGGUUGUACCUUCUAUAAUAAAUGGUGGAAUAACAGCUUUAUACUUCAUCAUGUGGGGAAAAGGCCUCAAAUCAUGUGGACCAGUGAGGGUCCUUGAAGAUAGGAACGAGGUGAGGACUCAGGCCAACGCGUUUGACAUUAUUGAGAGAGGGAAAAUGAGGGGGGGUCUUGUUGGUUUGUGUCAUGUGGACUUGUCCAUUGGAGCUGAUGCGAAUCUUUUGAUAUUGUGUAAGUCAUGUGCACUGGUACUGUUAUGA